AUGGAGUCCGUUCGUCAGUCUUGUCGGCCAAAACACCAGGUCUUGACGUUGAAAUGUUAUCCUAAAUACCAGAAGGGUGUGGCGGAGGUCAGACCGAACCCGAGUGAACUCUCCUACUUGCUAUACUAUGUCAGCACUCGCCGCAGCAAGCUGAUAAAAGUCGGCGGUUUCCUGGAAAAGAGGGUCGCCCGGGAUGUCUGGAGACGCAGAAUAGGAAAUGUUCAGGUGGCGCUCCACAUUCUCGCCGCGCUUAUUGAAAAGGUUCCUCGCGACCUUCCGAUCUACGCCCGAUCCGCCAUGACGGUGAUCGAUACCGUCUUGCGAUCAAAUGAUAUAACCUUGGUGGAGGAAUCGAUUGUGCCGUUCGAGAUCUUCUGCCAGCACCAGGACACUGGGGCCAUUGCGGCGGAUCAUGGCCUGGCGCAGCAAUAUCGAGAAGUCGUGCGCACUUACGCCAGCUUCGCCGAUCCGCAAUUCGUAUCCAACACAAACACCAAAUUCAGCCCGCAGGUUGCGAUCCGUUGGAGAAAUGCGGGUUUGCGAGCCAUCAAAGGCGUGGUUAGCUCGGAGAGCUUGGCUGCCGACGGAGGAACUUCACUCAAGCUCUGUCUGCCGGUCAUCCUGGAAAACCUGUACUCUGGCGAUGAGGAACUUCUCACGACGUUGAAGGCUAAGCUUCACGAACCUGAUUCAAGCGAUGCACCCAAACCGCGUCGCAUGAGUGUUAACACGCUUCACACGGUGGACACGGCAGAGGGUGACCCAGAGCUGGCAGCGCGAUCAGCAGAUGACGCUGAUCGGAAGGCGGAACUGGAUGCUCGGCUUAUGGCUCUGCGCUGCCUGGAGCAAAUCAUUGUCUCGGGGAGUAACCGUGGUCAGAUUCGCAUUGCGGCCACGGUCAUUCUGCGAUUCAUUUCAAACAAGGGUUCCUCACCGAAUGAGAAACACGGCCAGAUUAUCGAGGGCAAAAGUGGGAGCUGGGCGACGUCUUUGAUUGAAUUGAUCGUGAAGUGGUGUCCGGUGCAGGUUCGGUUCAUUAUCUUGAUCACAGCAAUGGAAAUCUUACACGACACAAAUCCCAAGGAGGAUGCUCUGGAGGCGUCAUUCACUAUCCUUUCUGUGGUCGAUUGGCUUCUUAAAUCCUCCGUGAAUAUGAUUGGGCUCAGCGUGAUGGACAUUCUAUUCGGGCUCAUGCACUACGCUUCUGAUAUAUUGUCGCCUCCAGAUCGUACUGGGUCUGGCGAAUCAAAAAAGAAGAUAAAUGGACAGGAUGAUGUCAAUCAAAUCUCUCCCCGGCGGCAGGAUCUCCUCACGUUGCUAGAGCAGUGUAUUGGAGAUCUCGCGACGCAUAUCUAUUACGGAGACCAAGUCACGGACAUGAUGCGUGCAAUUCUCAAGCGGUUCAAACCCACUCUUCACAAUGACAGUUCUGCGCCAUCGACCCUGGCUACAGUUCACGAAAGCGGGGUGGCGCACGUGGAUUCAGGAUCUUCCUCAGAGGCAAAUGGCGAAAAGGGAACCCCGGAAACCUUCUCGCAUGCUGCAGCUAAGCUUACUGCUCUUCGGGCCGUUAAGUCUAUCUUGAUUGUGGCUAACUCGAGGACACCAUUGAACCUGUCUGGUGCAGAAUCCAGACACCCAGUCGGGAUUCAUGUUUGGCAGGGCACCCAAGGACUGCUCCGUGACGUGGAUCGCGAUGUUCGCUACGCCUAUACAGAUGCUUUCCUGUCGUGGUUAAACCUUGAGACCAAUGAGAAUGAUCUCAAGGCACGAGUCGAUGUGCCCAAGUAUAUCAAGACGACAUCGAAGCGAGAUUCAGAGCAGGGGGACAAGCUAAAUUGGCGAAACACCUCGGCUCCUGGAAACCAACGGGAGAAAGCGGUACUGGCAGCACAGUCGAACUUCCUCCGUUUACUUCAUCUCUCUGUUUACGACUCUGCGCUUGAAGCAGCAACCGACGAUGCCGAGGUUCUCCUGCUGCAUCUGCUUCUGACAAGUCUCGUCGAGAACCUCGGGGUGAAUGCCGUCCAAUUCGGUCUCCCGAUGGUCCUCAAACUGCAGGAUGACUUGUUCACAUCGAUCGAAUUAAGUUCUUUCGCAGCCCGCGUAAACAUUGGUGGCUUGAUUCACGGAUACCUCCUCGCACUCUCGGAGAAAUUCAACGUGGAGACGUCCCCCGUGGGCCUUGAAAUUACGAACGAAAUUCAACAUCGACAGAGCCAAGGGUAUUGGUUCACCAAGAUUCAUCUCCCUCCAACUGGUCUCAAUGCCAUUUCUUUUGAUGACGAGAAGAAAUCCCACAGUGACACCUCGCCACCUCCUUUGACACCCUUCCGCAAUGUCGACGGACUUGUCGGGUUGAUCGAUGAAGCUUACCGCCAGUCUAUCUCAUCUCCUCCACAAAGCCCCCAUACAUCGCCUGCGCGGGGCUUCACAUUCCCAGUUCUCGGACACUCCUCAGUAACACUAUCGCAGAAUGAGGGAGGCCUGCCAUCCGUUGUGAGGGAGCAAAUGCUGUCUCCGUGGUCUCGCGAGGCAUGUCUGGCAGCCGUUGAGAAGGAAAGCACCAAAACCAUUUCCAUUAAUGGGUCUCGAACCAACACUAUGAACGCUCGCAACAAUCAACCCAACGGAGCCGCAAAUGGCUCUCCUGCCGGCUCACAGCUUAACCGCCGCAUGAGCGUCCCCGAGAUCUCAGGCACGUCAUCACAAGACUCUAGCAAGGGAUCCCCAGUUCGCAUCAAUGAACUUCGGCGUGUUCUAUCAAUCAACAACGACUCGCAGCAGAAGCGACAACUCAGCCCACUCCGUAGCCAGCUAGACGCCUCCAACGCUAGCAUCAGCUCGUCUGGGAGCGAGAGCAUGAUGAGCGGCAACUUCUCUGUCUCAGAAAUUGGCGGAGAUGCCCUCUCCAUCCAACCAGAGGUCCAACAAAUUCCCGAUGACGACGGAGCAGAGACUCCCCGUGCCUCAGCCGCAUCGAUGGUCCUCUCGGGCGACAAGCAAGAUCAACCACAAAACGCACCGUCUCUCAGCCGCGCAAAUUCAGACGAAGCAAUCCCCCCCGUCCCACCAAUCCCAGCCAGCCUCUCAAUCCCAGGCGGCUUCCCACAUGACUCCCAACGCUCCCUGGUCUCCGACCGUCCAUCCACUGCCCCAGGUCCCUCGCGCCAAUCUUCAUUAAAUGAGAAAUCCGAGGUCGCACCCAAUACUGCCAACAUCCCAUCCCUUAACCGGAACAAAAGUCGCUCGAACUACAGCCUCGCCGGAGCUGGAAUCCCGGAGCUCGUCGACGGCUAUGAGUCCAAUGCCCUUGAUGGAAGCCACCAGGAUCAAUUGAAGAAACUCCUUGAUGGUUUCCUCUCGCCUAAUGAGAGCUCUCUCAAUGGACAUCGUCCUACGACUGCUAGAACCGUCUCUAAGCUUCCGCUCAGUAGAAAUCCUAGCAGGCGGCAGGCUGGUGGGGGUCUUGGGCGGCCUCCUUAUUGA